UGUGGAGGAGCCUUGACAUCCAAGGCACUUGGGAUCACUCUCCACCAGCAGCAACGAGUAAUGGUUUAUGCAUCAAUGGGAUUAUCUAUUACAUAUCACAUAUAGGAAGCUGGCCAUAUCCGGAGUUUAACGAACUAGUGUGGUUCGACAUUAGUUUCGAAAGAUUUGAUCGUAUCCAGAUGCCCAAAACUCUUCAGAUGUGUCGGUUGGAGGGAUUGACUCUGGUAAACUACCAAGGGAGAUUAGGUUGCAUAAGUUACAACGAGGAAAGUGCGGAGAUGUGGAUUAUGGAAGAUCAUCACAGCGAGAAACAAGAAUGGUCUAAGAUUAUAUUGAGCAUACCUCAUGGAAUAUUAAAGAGACUAGGAGUUAGUCAUUGCAUCGCUGUCACUCUUGAUGGUGAGAUUGUGAUAAUGCCCAUGACAUUGGAAUCUGCUAAACCUUUCUAUGCCUACUGUUAUGAUCCGAAGCAAAACAGGGAUGCAAUGGUUGCAAUCGAAAAUGGGGAACUAAAACUUCGAGUGGGAGAUUGCAGAUAUUUUUUGUCUUAA